AUGUUGGAACGUGAACGGCUGGCUAAAAUGCGGUUGGAACGACUCGAGGGAAGUGGAGAUGAUCGCGAUAAAUCCGAUUUUACUGGUCCAAUCUCCACAACCUCUUGGGAGUCUAUUUCAAAUUCCUCCUCUUCACUAAAUGACAAAUUCAUUUCUCCAAUUCCUCCCACGAUGCCUCAUCUCCUUGCAGACUGGGACCAAACAACCACGAAUUUUGCUGAGGAUAACGGUCCCCUGGAAGAUGCGCCAUUUCCAGAUGUCUCGGAAGAUCGAACUCUUGAGGAUAAUCUUCGGCGGGCUGGUCUACAAGCUGCUCUUGAGACAUUUAAGGCUAAGUAUCCAACACUACCGUUAACUGAGACAUCCAGCUGGGAAUAUGGUAUGUUCUGCUUCUCGGUCGUUCAUCAAUACUGA